UUUGUAUUAAAGCUGCAAUCGUGCUGAUCGACUCAGCACUACACCGCAGCAGGCCGCACAGCGACAAGGAAUUGAUUGAUAUUUAUUUAAAUAUAGUGCGGAAAACAGUAACGGGUCAAGCGGCUGAGAUAACAGACAACGAAAUGGCAAGCAAAUGCAUAUUCCUGCUGCUCCUGGUGUUGGGACCCUACCUGCUGGCUGCGCAGGCCUACACCCACGGCACCUAUGUCGUGCCCAUCGCAUUGCGUUUCGGAGGCGCACUCGCUGCUCCGGCAGCACCCAGAGCUCAGACAGACAAUCAGCGGCCGCUGGAGGAUGAGCUGCAGCCCCAGACGACUGCCGAUGAGCAGCAACAGCCACAGCCCCAGCAACAGCCACAGCAACAGCCCCAGCAACAGCCACAGCCCGCCAAUGUGCUGGGCGCCAAUGAGGUGCAUCUGCCCGCCGCCUCCAACAGUCCCACACGUCCCCCUGCCAAGCACAGCUUCAAGGAUCGCUUCAGCUCGAAGCUCUUCCAGCCCAUUGCCAGCCGUUCGCAGCAACAGAAUAUGGUCUACUCGCCAGUGUCGGUGCACGCGCUGCUGGGCAUGAUCUACGGCGCCUCCGAGGGUCGCACCUCCCAGGAGCUGCAGCAGGCGGCGGAGUUCAGCAGCGAUGCACAGGCCGUGGGGCAGGACUUCCGUCAGCUAAUCAAACAGCGACGACAGCUACAGAAUGCGGAGCUUAACAUUGUCAGUCAGAUGUUCUACAACAAGAAUCUGGGCGCCGUCAAUCGGGAUUAUCCGGAGUACGCGGAGUACUACUACUCGUCCGGCAUAGAGCCCGUGGACAUGGGACGCGCCAGGGCUACGGCUGGCUGGAUCAAUGCCUGGGUGUCGGACAAGACGCGCAACAAGAUCCGGGAGCUGGUCAAGCCCGGCGACAUCGAUGGCCAGACGGAGGCGAUGCUGGUGAAUGCCAUUUACUUCAAGGCCCGCUGGGCCAACGAGUUCUCCGCCACGGACACGAGCUCCGGCAAGUUCCGACGCGGCAGCGGUGCGCCCAGCAAUGUGGCAAUGAUGUUCAACGAUGAUGUGUUUGGCUAUGCGGAUCUGCCCGAUCUUGGGGCCACUGCCCUGGAGAUGAACUACGCGGACAGUGAGGUCAGCAUGCUGAUUCUGCUGCCCAACCAAGUGAAUGGCCUGGCACAGCUCGAGCAGCAGUUGGCACGUCCCCAGCACGAUCUCAACAGGAUUGCGGCACGCCUGCGCCAGGAGACGGUGACCAUUCGGAUACCCAAGUUCCGCAUUGAGUUCGAGCAGGACAUGACGGAGCCACUGCAGCAGCUCGGCAUCCGCGAGAUGUUCACGCGCAGGUCCCAAGUCACAAAAAUGCUCAAUCGGCCCGUGCGCGUGUCCAAAAUACUGCAGAAGGCCUUCAUCGAUGUGAACGAGGCGGGUUCGGAGGCGGCGGCUUCAUCAUAUGCCAAGUUUGUGCCCCUCUCCCUGCCCAUGAAGUCGCGCGAGUUCAAUGCCGAUCAUCCGUUCGUCUUUGCGCUGCGCACACCCGACUCGGUGCUCUUCAUCGGCCACGUGCUGCAGCCCACGGCACUGGCCUAAGAGACUCCGCCGCGACACACCCUAGAGCAGAGAGAGAUUGAUGCAUUUGCGAAACAAAUAAUAAAGUGAACAAAAAAUACUCAUAGUUCCCCCAA